CUGAAUUCGCGGAUGUUUUUGGUUCAUAUGGUAGAUAGUCGAUCCAGCGUUGCUCUCUGGAUCGCACCAGGCUAGGCUAGUAGUAGUGAACGCUGUCUGGCGCAGACAGCCGAAUGCGGACAGUCAUGGCCUGAUGGUCGCUAGUUCCAGACCCGGGGAGUAGCAGGGAGACGUGACGGUAGAAGGAGGCUUCGCAGCGGUGGUGGAGGAGCCGGGGAUCACGGGGAAAAACGGGCCCUUUUCCUUUUUUUCCUUUUUUUUUUUUUUUUUUGCCAUAAUGAACUGUGUGUGUGUGUGUGUUUUUUUUCCUUUCUUUUGUGUUAAAAUGACAGAAUGCGUGUAGCUGGGGGACCCCCAUGAUGCGGCUCAGCCCCGCAGCAGCUGCAGAGUAACUUGUUUGUGUAACUUUGGGUGUAACGUUGUAGUUGUGUAGGGCUCUUGUCAAAUGAGUUGUGCAGAUGGCCGCGUUGCCAAGUCUAGCAGCAGUGUGCACAUAUUGACUGAGCAUUAUUGUGUGGUCCGCCAAAGGUCUGUUAAAAGUAUGCUCUCUUUCAAUGAACUCGAGUGGACACAAGCAGUGCAAUGGGGGAGACAAUCCUCAAAGGCAGGUCAGUGUGUGCAAAUCGUUUGGGUGCAUGUUGCACAAUUCGGCCAUCGGAUGGCACACUGGAUGGGUAGACUGUGGGUUAAUUAUCAACACGAAAUCUGAGCGUUGGGAAAUGAUAUCGACCUAUCAAGCCAUUACACAACUUAUUGAUAGAAGGACCUAGAUAGAAGACACACACACAUUUUUUUUUAGAGGUUAUUGUUCCACCAUUCAGACCAACCCUGGUGGUUCUUGCAAUAGUUUUCAUUAAUUGUCUAUGGGAAUGGACCUUGGAAUCGGGCCGUGUGUGUGUGUUUGUGUCAGCAGUGCCCAGGGAAAGACGAGCCAAUGGAGCGGCUGACAUGACUCGGGUGACCGCCCCAAGAGAAUCAUCUGCCAAUCAGGAGAGACCAUCGAAAGCAAGCCGGGCCGCCAUUGGCCGGUUUCGAUCAUAGGUUGGAGGUUACCUCGGCCAUCUUUCUAACCACGAAGCGGAGGCAUCUCCACAGCCCUUGGACCCCCCCCCCCAAACACACCCCCACUUGACCGCGCCUUCUCGCUGCCCGGGGCGUGAGCGUGUCCCAUCGGUCGGAAGCCCCGCCCUCCUCUGCCAUGGUGACAUAAGCGCGGGCACUAUGACGGCGACCCAACGUGAAACCGUCUUUCUUUCUCCAGUGGCUCCUCCCACUGCCGCCGCCUUCCCGCCGCGUGCCUCGACCUGGAUAACGAGACCCGCCCUGCUCUGAGCCCCCCCUCCUGUCGUCCUCUUCCUGUUUCCUGUCUCCUUUAAUGAAACCCCGCCGCUGAGCCCCGGACGCCAGAGCCGGCGAGUGGCAGUGCGUUGCUGGGCCGACGGCGUGGGACGAUGCUGGGAUGCGUGGUGCGUCUCCGUCGGCUGGUCCGCCUGCUCCCGCUGCAGACCUCCCUGCUGCUCCUCUUCCUCUUCUGCGCCGUCAGCUUCUUCAUCUCCGCCUACUUCCUGUAUGGUGCCAAGCGUGAGCUGGAGCCCUCUCGGGGGGUCGCAACCGGGGAGGAGGGGGCGUCGGCCGACCCCUACGACCCCCGGGUCACCCCCUCGCGGCUGCUCCCCCCGGGGGGCGGGUCCCGGGGCCCGGGGGGGGAGCCCGGUGCCCGCACUGACCCCGUGGUGCUGGUGUUCGUGGAGUCCCAAUACUCCCAGCUGGGCCAGGAGAUCGUGGCCAUCCUGGAGUCGGCGCGCUUCCGCUACCGGACGGAGAUCUCGCCGGGCAAGGGCGACAUGCCCACGCUGACGGACAAGGAGCGCGGCCGCUUCACGCUGGUCAUCUACGAGAACAUCCUGAAGUACGUCAACCUGGACGCCUGGAACCGCGAGCUGCUGGACAAGUACUGCGUCGAGUACGGGGUGGGCAUCAUCGGCUUCUUCAAGGCCAACGAGAACAGCCUUCUGAGCGCGCAGCUCAAGGGCUUCCCCCUCUUCCUGCACUCAAACCUGGGGCUGAAGGAUUGCACCGUCAACCCCAAGUCCCCGCUGCUCUUCAUCACACGAGCCGGCCAGCCCAUCGCCGGCCCGCUGCCCGGAGACGACUGGACCGUGUUCCAGUCCAACCACUCCACCUACGAGCCCGUGCUGCUGGCCAAGACGCAGUCGGCGGAGAGCGCUGCGCUGCUGGGGCAGAACGCGGCGCUGCUGCCCUCGGUGGUGCAGGACCUGGGGCUGCACGACGGCAUUCAGCGCGUGCUCUUCGGGAACAACCUGGCCUUCUGGCUGCACAAGCUGGUGUUCGUGGACGCCGUGGCCUUCCUGACGGGCAAGCGGCUCUCGCUGUCGCUGGAGCGCCACCUGCUGGUGGACAUCGACGACAUCUUCGUGGGCAAGGAGGGCACCCGCAUGAAGGUUCCCGACGUCAAGGCGCUGCUGGAGACGCAGAGGGAGUUGCGCACCCACGUGCCCAACUUCACCUUCAACCUGGGCUUCUCCGGGAAGUUCUUUCACGCCGGUUCUGACGAGGAGGACCUUGGUGACGACCUGCUGCUCUCCUACGUCAAGGAGUUCUGGUGGUUCCCCCACAUGUGGAGCCACAUGCAGCCACACCUCUUCCACAACCAGUCGGUGCUGGCUGAGCAGAUGCUGCUCAACAAGAAGUUUGCCAUGGAGCAUGGCGUCCCCACCACCAUGGGCUACGCAGUGGCGCCCCACCACUCGGGGGUGUACCCCGUGCACAUCCAGCUCUACGACGCCUGGAAGAAGGUUUGGGGGAUCCGGGUGACCAGCACGGAGGAGUACCCCCACCUCAAGCCCGCCCGCUUCCGCCGCGGCUUCACCCACAGCGGCAUCAGCGUGCUUCCCAGACAGACGUGUGGUCUGUUCACUCACACCAUCUUCUACAAAGACUACCCGGUCAGCCCGGACGAGCUGGACAAGCUCAUCAACGGGGGCGAGCUCUUCCUCACCGUGCUACUGAACCCUAUCAGUAUUUUCAUGACCCACCUGUCCAACUACGGCAACGACCGGCUGGGCCUGUACACCUUCAAGAGCCUGGUGCGGUUCGUGGAGACCUGGACCAACCUGAAGAUGAUGACGCUGCCCCCCGUGCAGCUGGCCCACAAGUACUUCAGCCUCUUCCCCUCAGAGAGAGAGCCCCUGUGGCAGGACCCCUGCGAGGACAAAAGGCACAAAGACAUUUGGUCGAAGGAGAAAACGUGCGACCGCUUCCCCAAGCUGCUUGUCAUUGGCCCUCAGAAGACAGGGACCACCGCGCUCUACCUGUUCCUGGGUAUGCAUCCAGACCUGACCAGUAACUACCCCAGCAAGGAGACCUUCGAGGAGAUCCAGUUCUUUAACGGACACAACUACCACCGGGGGAUCGACUGGUACAUGGAGUACUUCCCCCUCCCUUCCAACACCAGCUCAGACUACUACUUUGAGAAGAGCGCCAACUACUUCGACUCGGAGGUGGCAGCCCAGCGGGCGGCGGCGCUGCUCCCCAAGGCCAAGAUCGUCACCAUCCUGAUCAACCCCGCCGACAGAGCCUACUCCUGGUACCAGCACCAGCGGGCCCAUGAGGACCCGGUGGCGCUGAAGUUCUCGUUCCAGGACGUGAUCACGGCGGGCCCCGAGGGGCCCCUGCGGCUGCGCGUGCUGCAGAACCGCUGCCUGGUGCCGGGCUGGUACGCCGUGCACCUGGAGCGCUGGCUCUCCCACUACCACGCCAGCCAGCUGCUGGUCCUGGACGGGCAGAUGCUGAAGAGCGAGCCGGCCUCCAUUAUGGAUAAGAUCCAGAAGUUCCUGAGCCUGAGCAACGUGGUGAACUACCACAAGAUCCUGGCGUUUGACCCCAAGAAGGGCUUCUGGUGUCAGCUGCUGGAGGGAGGGAAGACCAAGUGUCUGGGGAAGAGCAAGGGCCGGCGGUACCCCGACAUGACCCCUGAGGCCCAGGCGUUCCUCAGGGAGUACUACCGGGACCACAACAUAGAGCUGUCCAAGCUGCUGUACCGGAUGGGCCAGCCGCUGCCCAGCUGGCUCAGAGAGGAGCUGGUCCACAGCAGGUAGCCCCCCUCCCUCUCCGCCGGCGGCCUCGCUGCGGUGCCCCCCCCCACCUCCCCGUGGAGGAGGUGGUCCUGAAGAGGAUGGAGAUGGACCAGCGCCCAGCCAUAAGCCCCCCCCCCCCCGAUGGACACUUCAGAUUCCCUGGCUGAGAUCGGAGGGACACGAGAUCGCGGCGACAGCGUGGGGGGGGCUACAGCUGACAGCUGUUGAGUUCAGCAGCGAGGACCCUGUUCUGGGAUGAGGGGGGACAGGGUCUGGAGCAGGACCUGGACCUGGAGCAGGACCUGGAGCAGGACCUGGACCUGGAGCAGGACCUGGAGCUGGAGCAGGACCUGGACCUGGACCUGGACCUGGACCUGGAGCAGGACUGUACCUCCACGACUCUGAAAAGUCCCCGAGACACACAGAGGAAGACAGUGAAUCAUGGGAACUUCCCCCAACACACACACACACACACACACACACACACACACACACACACACACACACACACACACACACACACACACACACACACACACACACACACACACACACACACACACACACACACACACACACACACGUAAAACCACUAACCUGACCAUCGUAUGGUGCGUCAGGCCUUCUCCUGGUCACUGUCUCAAGGAAUCAAAGCAAGGAGGAGCCGGACUGAGCGGGUGUGGGGGGGGCCAGCGUGGAGAUGGGCGGAGGCCGAGGUCGGUGUCAUGACCCCUGACCCCUGACCCCUGAACCGACCGACAGACGCCUCCCACUCUCUCUCUCCAUUGGGUUUCGUGUCACAUUAGGAACAGAUGCGAGCAACGCAUAAAGUACAGACAUGGGUGAGGGCUGUGAUUGGAGGAGAGGAGAGGGGGUGGGGCAGGAGUUAAAGAUGCCUUCUGGUUGGUUGAGGACCUGUGGGAGGAGCCCGAGACAGCUGGCGAUUGGCUGGGAUUGGUUGCCUUGGUAGAAUUCUAGUUAUUGCAAAUACAAGUGCCAGGAUGACGGAAUCCUGAAUAAAACAUUACCACGUGGACAUCAGAUAAAACUUUAGUUUGUUUGGUCGUUGUUGGUUUUAUUUCCUUUAUUUUUUUUUUAUGAUAGAUUUUUUUUUUUUUUUACUCAGAGUUUAUUUGUAAUAACUUUUCUAUGAUGUUGGUGACACAUUGUUGUAGAAUGUACCAUACAUGAUUCAGCGAACAAGGGACUAGGUGUGUCCUUGCCUCGAUGGGUUAAACUGUUGCUUUGACUUUCCCUUUAGUCAUUUUCAUGACCACGGAAUUGGCUAAAGACGGUAACUGACAAAACGAUGAAAGCACAAUAUUUAAAGCUCUCUGGUAACGGGAAGCACACUCAGAGUGGACGCUGAUGCUGUCUGUGAAGAUAACCCUAGCUAGCUAUGUUAACGGUCUGGGAGAGACGAGAUGGGAUGUACAUACGGCUCCAUGCUGUCCAUACCACGGUUUAAUUUAGGAAACGCGUACAUGUUGCCCCAUACAGCCCAUGGUUCAUUUCAACAAAUUGGGUUUUUAUUAUUUAAUUAUUUCGGGAGGGCCAGAAGUGAAGGCGCUGCUGCGAGGCGAACCCACAGUAUGAAAGUCAGUGCGGAGGAACCGCCUCGAACAACAAGAUGCGAUGCCUAGACGUAGAGGAGCUGCUCUCACCGCAAUAGUUUUGUACAGCGUACCCGACGGAAUAACAAUGCACAUAUUUGUCCUUUCAUUUCCUUCCUUUGUAUUGUACAUAAUAUGCAAUGGUUGGUAUCCCGAGUUGAUGAAUGUGUUCUGUGGGCCGCCGUGCCCUAUCAACUCCCCGGUGUGAAAUGUCAGAGCUGUAUUAAAGGGCGAGGGCGUGUUGGGUCCAUUACCGCGUGCGUUGAAAUGACACAUCCCCGGCUCACAUCCACUCACUGCCAACUGUUGUACAGUGCUACCGGAUCUCUCCAUAUAAAGUAUUAAAGUGAUACAAACGCAUAACAGCAACGAUGGUACUAAUCCCAGUAUGGACUGUAUGAUACAGAUUUGUAAUUGUUGUCGAUAAUUUUUACAGUGUAACUAAUAUUGUCGGUGCUUUUUAAUUUGCAAAUAAAACACCACUGUAUUUUUCAGUAAUUGCUUUUUUCUUCUUUUUUUGGAUGCUUUCCUCCUGCAAUUAUACACACACUGUCAUCUGAUCAUUGCUGUUUGAGCACAGCAAAUGGGGCCUUGCAAAUGUAUUGAGGUAUUCAUGGUUAACAAAUUCAAAUUAAAUAUUACCUCAUUAAGUUUUCUAAAACAAAUCCUAAAGUUGGACCCAUGCUGCAAUGACGUUGUCAAAUGGAGCCAUCUCUUAUCACGCGACUAAGAUCUGAGCUGGCCA